AUGGCGUCCCUAGUAGAGACUCUCACUGCCUCUGGCGGUCCCGAGUCAGCGGGUUUCCUGAACGACCUCGUUGGUCACCUAUGGCCCAAUAUCUGUGUUGCCGGUGGCGCCAUGAUCAAGCAGAUUGCUGAGCCCAUGUUCGCGCAGAUGCUUCCUGCUCCCCUGAACACACUUCACUUCGCCAAGAUUGACUUGGGCGUUCAGCCCAUGACCUUCUCCAACGUGGAUGUGCAUAAGGUUGACAACGGUGGUAUCAAGCUGGACUUGGAUGUCAACUGGGAUGGCAACUGCGAUAUCGAGAUGGACGGAAAGAUGAUCCCUAAGGUGGGCGUCGAGCACGUCAAGCUGAGUGGCAGACUAUCUAUCCUGCUCUGCCCAAUCACCAAUGUGAUCCCUCUUAUUGGCGCCGCCCAAGUCUCCUUCAUCAACCCCCCUUACCUCAAGUUUAACUACACAGAUGGCGCCAACAUUGCCAAUCUUGGCUUCAUCGACUCAUGCGUCCGCAAGGUCGUCCAGUCCAUCAUUGCCGGCAUGGCCGUCCUUCCUAACCGCUUCCUCGUGAAGCUCGACCCAUUCAACGAUUACUUCAAGACCUACCAGCUCCCAGUCGGUGUCGUCCGUCUCACCAUCGAGUCAGGAAGCAACUUUGGCGAGGAGCUCAAGUCCAAGAACAUUUUCAAGAAGCUCGUCCACGAUGUCCCAGACUGCUACGUCACCACCUCCCUCUCAGGCGAGACUCCCGGCUGGAAGACAGCCACGGUCAAGGACAACCACCACCCCGAGUGGAACGAGACCAGAGACUUUAUCGUCUCUGAUCAUGAUCAGUUGCUGGCGUUGGAUGUCAAGGACUCAGACACCGCUUCCGACGAUGACAUUGGCCUCGCCACCAUCACCGUCAAGAACCUCCUCCUGGCUCAUGGUCAGAAGCAGGAUCUUACCCUCAUGCACAAGGGCGAGGAGACCGCGGGCAAGCUUACUGUCAGCGGCAAAUACUACCAAUUCAUCCCCGAUGCCACCAGCAUCAUCGGCGAGGAGAACCCCGCAGAGAUCAAGGGCUUGCUCGCCGUCCUUGUUGCUGCUGUCAAGAACCUCAAGGGUGCUCGCGAGCAGCUCAAGCCCAGCGUCGCCAUCACCUGGGGCGCGCACAAGUUCCAGACCGUCGUCAAGUGUGAUGUUCCGGGCGGCGCUGAGGAUAUCCAGAACCCUCACUUUGACAACACUUUCCGCAUUCCUCUCUCUGGCAGCAUCGAAGGUGCUGCUCCUGUAAGAAUUGCCCUGAUGGAUGGCAAGAACGAGAUUGGCGCUGUUGAGGUGCCUCUUGAGGAGGUCCUUGCGUCGGAGAACUUGGCUUUGCUCAAGGAGUUUGAUGUUGGUAACGGCCAGAUUGUCAAGGCUGGUGUUGUGAUCAGGGGUACCAAGCUUGUUGAGUAA